AGAUUUUCUAAUGAAUGCAGCUAGCAAAGCUUUCCCUAAAUUGAACAUAGUUGCUUCUUAAAUUUGUUUAUAUAAACAACACAACAACGAAUGUGAGAAGGGCACAUCAAAUUAAACACAUUUUCAGAAUCGAUUUCUUGCUUCUUUUUUUUCUCCUUUCUGAUCACUACCAUGGCUAGAAAGAAGUUGAAUCUUACAUACAUACCCAAUGACUCAAAGAGGAAGACAACAUUGAAGAAAAGAAAGAAUGGUUUGAUGAAGAAGAUGAAUGAAAUUAGCACUCUUUGUGGGAUUGAAACAUGUGCUAUAAUCUAUAGUCCAAAUGAUCCUCAGCCAGAGGUUUGGCCAUCUGACUCUGGAGUCCAAAGGGUGCUUUCAAGGUUCAUGGAAAUGCCUGAAGUGAGACAAAGCAGAAAGAUGUUGAAUCAGGAGAGCUUUUUGAGGCAAAUGAUCACCAAAGGCCAACAGCAGUUGACAAGACAAAGGAAUGAAAACAGGAAGAAAGAGAUGACCAAUCUUAUGCUUCAAUACCUGACCGCUGGAAAGGUUGUUGGCAAUCCUAGCUUGGUGGAUUUGAAUGAUCUCUCAUGGUUGAUUGAUCAGAACCUCAAUGAAAUAGAAAAGAAGAUCACCAUGCUCCAAAUCCAAGAAGUGGUGAUACCAGUGAUUGAAAAUGAAGGACACAUGAAUCAUGUUCAAGGGCUGGAGAGCAACAUGGACACCAAGAAAAAGCAACAUUGAUCCAUGGAAUUUAUCAAUGGUGCCAUUGGGGAUGGGAUGUUAUGUCUCCUUAAAAAAAUUAUGUUCUUUUAAGUGUUUCAGUUGUCUUUCCCAUUUAAUUCAGCAAUGCUUAGUUUUAUUGUCUUUCUUUGAAAGUGUCAAUGAAUACAAUAUCCGUAUGUCAUAGUUUGCAAAAUAGUCAAAACUUCUGGUCACAGCAA